GUGCCGGGCACUGGUGGACGAGCUGGAGUGGGAGAUCGCCCAGGUUGACCCCAGGAAAACCAUCCAGAUGGGCUCCUUCCGGAUCAACCCCGACGGCAGCCAGUCGGUCGUGGAGGUGCCCUACGCCCGGUCGGAGGCACAUCUGACGGAGCUGCUGGAGCGGGUGUGCGAGAAGAUGAAGGAAUAUGGGGAAAAAGUGGAUCCAUCCACGCACCGGAAGAGUUAUGUCCGGGUGAUCUCUCAUGACGGGACCAAGAUGGACCUCUCCGGGGUCAAAAUUGAUGGAGACGUGGCUUCUAGCCUGAAGUUUGCGGUGU